GGAAAGUUCCUUGAUGAGUUCCAGAGGUGCUCUGUAACAAAACCAGUGAUGAAAGCCGAACCAAUUCGAAAAUGUAUUAAAACUUUUAAACUUCAAUUGAUCCGAUCAAGUGAAAGCCUCGGCUCAGGAGGUUUCAGAGUCAGCCUCUCUCGAGUUCUCCUAAACGGUCUGCAAGUAUGAUACAGUGAGCAAUAAAGGGAUCCAAGAUUAUAUCAGCGAAGUAAUAAAGCAGAUACUUCAGAGCUUUUACCACAGAUAUUCCAAGAUAUUUUACAGGGACUUCUGAUGGAAAUAUGAGCAUGACAGGCCAAGAGGGGAAGAAUACAGCUGUGCCAACCACUAUCAUCGGAGCUUUAG